CUUAAUUUUGAUAUUAAACAAAUAAAUAUCUUAAUAAUUUACUCACUGACAAUUUUAAAAGUUUAUUUUUUUUUAUCAAUUUAUUUUACUUUUGAUUAGUAUAGUAACAACUUUAAAAACGAACUAGAUCAGGAUCAUGCCCUAAAUAUUUAAAUUGAGCUUAAUAUAUAUUUUAAACGGGUCUAAUUUAUUUAUUUAAAUUUAUUUUUUAAAUUUAAUAUUUUUACUCAAAUCUUUUUAAAAUUUAAAAAAGAUGUUCGAGUUUGGAGGAAUAGGCUACAGGUCAGAUCUAGUUAAGUUCACGGACAAGGUGUUUUAGGUUUUUUUUUUUUUUAAUAAUUUAAAUAUAUAUUCAUCCAACAUUCUACACAAACAGGCUGCUCUGAUAAUUGAGCGUUUGUUUAUGUAACAAGAUUUCCUUCUCUGAAACAUUGGCGGUGACUUUAAAUCGCAAUAGUCUGAAGCUAUGUUGCCAAGACAAACUCGAAUCAUGACGAAGCUGCGGGAACUAGCUUUGCGAAAUUCUUCCACGAACUCAAUUGUUGGAAAUCAGUUAAAGCAUCGGUAUGGGUUCCACACUAUUAGACAGACUUGCACAGAGUUUCCAAGGAAGCUCAAGAAAACAGAGAGAAAACCGUGGGUGACAAAUAUUAAUGAAUUGAAACGUAUUGGUAGAGCAGAGAGGAAAGAAAGACAGAUAGUGCGUGAAAGGAUUCUACAACCACCCCAAAAUGGGUUAUUGGUUAACGAAUUAAUCCCAGUUGCUCAUCAAGUUAACGCUGACCGAAUCCAACUAUUCACUUGUGUUUCUAAGGUUGCCCAGAGUAUUGCCAUAUAUUCAUGCAGUGUGUGUGGUGAAGUUCACAUUGGCCAUCGACCGCAUAAGAUCAGAACCUGCAAUGUUAUGGGUAGUGCAGCAAGCAAGGAGCACUGUUGGAGAAGAGGUGCCGUUGAACACGUCUUGCCUCCGGUGGAAUCUUUUCAUCUCUAUGACAGGCUAGGGAGAGCUGUCUCUCAUAAUGAACGGCUUCAAGUGGAUCGGAUUCCAGCUAUUCUAGAAUUGUGUGUCCAAGCAGGCAUUGAUCUACCUGAGUAUCCAACUAGAAGAAGAGUCUUUCCUGCUUACAGUAUUUCUGGUAGGGUAAUUGACUUUGAGAAGAGAUUCCCCAAAGAAGAUGCACCUGGCGAAGAUAUUUAUGCAUGUGGCUUUUGGCAGAAGAGAAACAAUAUAAGUGACGAUAACAAGUCUGUGGACAUGCAGCCUUGUGAUCUACAAGCUACUGCUGUUCGUGGGAUGGAGGCAUGGGAGAGAAUGCGCUCAGGAGCCUCAAGACUUAUGGAAACAUAUGCUGCCCAAACUUGUGGAUACUGUUCAGAAAUACAGGUAGGACCUAAAGGUCACAGGGUUCGAAAUUGUCAAGCCUACAAGCAUCAGAUGAGGGAUGGGCAGCAUGCAUGGCAGGAGGCAACGAUUGAUGAUGUAGUUCCUCCUGUGUAUGUCUGGCACGUACGAGAUACUCAAAGCGAGAAACCACUAGUAAAUGAGUUGAAGAAGUACUAUGGUAUGUUGCCUGCUGUGGUGGAGAUGUUUGCACAGGCUGGUGCUAGUGUGCCCAAUGAUUAUGUUGUUAUGAUGAGGGAAGACGUUGCUGUACCUGAAUGGGAUGAAGAAAAGUUGGUUGUUUAAAGCAUUGCUCUGAAUUGCAUACAUGGAUAGCUGAAGCUUUUGUGUAGGUUAAGUUUUAUGUAGCAAUGACAAAUUAUAUUCGGAAUUGGGGUAUCUAACUGGCGGUUGCAAAGAAAUGAUGAAAGUUUGUCAGAGUUUUCUCACCCUAAUGAUUAGUUAGUUAACAAAUCGGAAAAACUCUUGAACUUUAACAUCGUUCUUACAGGAUGGUUCAUUUGUGAAUAGAUCUCACGGAGCCAGAUUGUGAAGUUCUCCAAACUCUCUCCGGAAAUAUCGAUCUCAUCUCUGGGUCUAAAGUUAUUGCUAGCUCUUCAAAGCUUCAGUCUUUGCUCCAGCGGAGGAGUUGCAAUAAUGCAGAAAUAUAAAACGAUGCGGCUCUGGAAUUUCUAUCAUCAAUUGAAAGAGAGAUACUGUUUCAUUGCUGUUGCUUUUUGUAUUAAAAAGGACGUCUGAAAGCUAUAAACUGUUUCAACUAGACAUUAAAGCUAUUUAUCAGAAUCCGAUUUGGUAAAAGAUUCGUAUCAGUGAAAUUCCAUUUUAAUUUGUUGAACAUACUUCAUUCAAUGUAGAAUCAUAAAUUUUUAGUUUCUGACUUUCAGUUCAGUCAACUCAAAGCUUAAAUUUUGUUUACAUAAAAGGCAUUUCAUAAAACUAUUAGAUAUGUAUUCAUUGACAAUGGUAACAUUAUUUUGUAGGAAAUUGCAAACAGCUGCUGAUGGUUCCGGACAUAGAUAUAAAGUAACAAAGGAUCGCUGCAAUUUCAUGUCUGAACUAUGCACCAAUCAUUGCAGUAGAACUUUGUCAAGAACAUUUGGUUAGUCUCAUUUGAAGCUUUUUGCAGUAAUGUUUUGAUAUUUUAAAUAUAUUUCAUUAUGUAAGAA